GCAGGAACACAUGCAGACUCUGAACAAGCUUUUUAAAAAACACAUCUACUGCAGAAAAAGAAAGGAAAAGCCAGAUUUGUUGUUGCAGACAGGCAGGCACAUACCUCACGAGCAAGCUUAAAUAUUUUUCCAGACAGGAUCUGAGUUUUCUUCCACUGGAGAGGAAAAGAAGCAGAUGGAUAUGUGCUUAUUUUGAAGGAAAAGCAAAGAAUCCUCAUCUCCUUCAGCAAUGCUUUUGAGGAACUUUUGCACUGAACUGUUGCUGUCUGCUAUGUUCCUGGACGCUGACAUAGUACAUAUUUAAAUCCUCUGAAUUCUUCCAAACAGGAUCCACGUUUCCUUUUUCUUCUCUUCAGAGCAUUUCCACUGUGCAGGUGUUGGACUGACUGUCACUAUGUUUCCUCAAAGGUACUCUUUAACACCAUUAUGGACUUCUUGCCUUUUGGUCUUGUUCAUCCUGGACGUAUUGACCAGCGCCCAACAACAGUCCCGCAGAUCCCGUCAGAUGCCCCCGCUGACCUCUUCCUCUUCAACAUCCGGCAACCUGUCGGAGAGCGCCGAGAGCAAAGUGGAGCGCCUCGGCCAGGCGUUCAAGCAGAACGUCCGCGACCUGCGAGAGAAGAGCUCCUGCCUGGACAUGGUCUUCCUGGUGGACGAGUCAUCCAGCGUGGGGGCCAACAACUUCCUGAGCGAGCUGAGGUUCAUACGCAAGAUGCUGUCCGACUUCCCCGUGGCGCAGGAGGACACGAGGGUGGCGUUGGUGACCUUCUCAUCCAAGACCCACGUGGUGACGAGGGUGGAUCACAUCUCGGCGCCCAAGUCCCACCAGCACAAGUGUUCGUUGUUCAACAAGGAGAUCCCGGCUAUCAACUACAGAGGGGGGGGCACCUACACCAAAGGAGCCUUCCAGAGGGCAGCGCAAAUCCUCCGUCACUCCCGUGCUAACGCCUCCAAGGUCAUUUUCCUGAUCACCGAUGGAUACUCUAACGGUGGGGACCCCCGUCCGGUGGCGGCAGCUCUGAGGGAACGUGGCGUGGAGAUCUUCACCCUGGGAAUCUGGCAGGGAAACAUCAGGGAGCUCCACGACAUGGCCUCACCCCCCAAGGAGCAGCACUGCUACCUGGUGCACAACUUUGAAGAGUUCGAGGCCCUGGCUCGACGUGCACUGCAUGAAGACCUCCCGACAGGAAGCUACAUCCAGGAGGAUCUGUCGCGCUGCUCCUCUCUGUGCGACACCGGCAGGGACUGCUGCGACCUGAUGGCCAGCUGUAAGUGCGGCACACACACCGGACAGUACGACUGCAUCUGCGAGAAGGGAUACUACGGCAAGGGGCUGCAGCACGAGUGCACAGCGUGUCCACCAGGCACCUAUAAACCAGAGGGAACACCAGGAGGCCUGAGCACCUGCCUCUCCUGCCCCGACCCCCAGCACACCUCCAGGCCCGGCAGCACCUCCGUCAGCGACUGCGUCUGCAAGCCGGGCUAUCAGCCAAUAGGCAUGACCUGCCAGGUGGUGUACUGUCCGGCGCUCUCUCCUCCAGAAAAUGGCUUUUUCAUCCAGAAUGUGUGCAACAACCACUUUGACGCGGCCUGCGGUGUGCGCUGCCAGCCAGAGUUUGACCUCCAGGGAACCGGCAUCAGACUGUGCCAGGCGGACGGCUCAUGGUCUGGGACACCCCCCAGCUGCAGAGUCCGCUCCUGCCCGCCCCUCACCAGGCCCCAGCACGGCUCCCUGAGGUGCGCCGAUGGCGGCUCCUCCCGCAGGGCCGAGUGUCAGGUGGGCUGUGAGCGAGGCUACCGUCUCGAGGGAGAGACCAGACUCACCUGCCAGGCCAACUCCCAGUGGAGCGGACCCCAACCUCGGUGUGUGGAGGUGCGUUGCCCGCUCAUCGCGACCCUAAAGAACAUCUUGCUGUCACCGCCCGCCUGCGGGAAGAGGGCCGUGUUGCCGGGCUUCGCCUGCCUGCUCACCUGUCGACCAGGUUACAGUCUCCAGGGGAACAGGAAGGCGGUGUGCAUGGGCUCCGGGAACUGGACUGCUAAUGUCCAUAAAGCCGUCUGUACAGAUACUGAGCCACCAGCGAUCCAGUGCCCCGACAACAUUGUCGCAGGGACGGAUGAGCGGCGCGGCACCGCCGUCGUCAGGUGGAACAUCCCGACUGCUACCGACAACUCUAAAGAAGAGGUAGGAUUUAGAAGUAAGCCGGUUUACACUCCUCCUCAGCUGCUCCCCAUUGGUCAGGAAACCAUCACCUACAUUGGGACGGACCGCUCGGGGAACCAGGCCAACUGCUCCUUCACCGCCACUGUCAUGGAUACGGAGCCUCCGGUGAUUGACAGGUGCAGGUCCCCGCCCACCGUCCAGGCCGCAGACACGGAGACGGCGGUCGUUUGGGAGGUGCCGCAGUUUUCCGACAACUCAGGGGGUCGCCUCACAGUGUCCAGCACCCACACUCCAGGCUCUGAGUUCCCAGUAGGAGAGACUCUGGUGCAGUACACAGCGACUGAUGCAGCAGGAAACAGCCGCACAUGCAACAUCACUGUGACUGUGCAAGGGACGACCUGUGAGCAGCCGUACGUCCCGGUGAAUGGAGAGUUCAUCUGCUCUGAAGAAGAGGAUGGCGUUAACUGUACUCUCCAGUGUAAAGAGGGCUACAGCUUUACCCAGGAUGCAGUGCACAGCUACCUCUGCGCCUACAACGGUGUGUGGGAGCCGCCCUACUCUCCAGACCGACCCGACUGCUCAUUGAACCGCGUUGCAAACAAUGGAGUCAAACCCUUUGAGAUGCUGUUCAAAGCGUCUCGCUGUGACGAUGUGGACCUGGUCAAGUCCUUCACUGGGGAGUUCAAGAGCAAACUGGGAGGCAUGCUUCCCAAUAUUUGCAGCAGCGGUGACGUCACAUGCAAGCUGGAGGUGUUGUCCCAGGGUCACUGUCUCGAGUACAACUACGACUAUGAGAAUGGAUUUUCUAUAACACCAGGGGGUUGGAGCAACAGCUGGGGUCCUCAAGGCGCCCAGGAUUACGCCUACUUUGAAUCAGGCUUUGCCACGGGCAGCCGGCAGCUCGCCAAGCCGCAGCAAGACAGCAGCAUGCAAUACCACCAGCGCAGCAAGAGGCACCGUAGGAUCAGAGGACCCACCCGAGACCAGAAGAUCCAGAUCUACUUCAACAUCACAGCAAGCAUCCCUCUGCCCCUGUCGAGGAACGACUCAAUCGAGGUGGCCAAUCAGAAGAAACUCCUGCGGACCCUGGAGCAACUGACCAACCGUCUGAAGCGAACGCUGGCCAGGCAGCCGCUGUCCAGUUUCCACGUUUCCUCAGAGAUGAUCGUGGCUGAUCCCAAAUCUCUGGAGAGCAAGAAACCCUCCCUGUUCUGCCGGCCGGGCUCCGUGCUCAAAGGCAGGAUGUGCGUCCAAUGUCCGGUGGGAACCUACUUCUCUCUGGAGUAUCACGAGUGUGAGAGCUGCUGGCUUGGCUCCUACCAGGACCAGGAGGGGCAGCUGGAGUGUAAGUCCUGCCCCGAGGGAACCUCCACCGCCUACCUGCACUCCCGCAGCGUCGCUGAGUGCAAAGGGCAGUGUAAGCCAGGUAGUAACUCCCUGAAUGGCUUGGAGAUCUGCGAGUCCUGCCCGCUAGGCUCCUUCCAGCCCGGAUACGGCGCCAGGGAGUGUCUGGUCUGUCCCGACGAGACCUCCACCGUCACCAGAGGAGCCGUGGACGAGAUGGAGUGCGGAGUCCCCUGUUCGGCCGGGCAUUUCUCCCGUACCGGUCUGGUUCCCUGUUACCCGUGUCCCAGAGAUUACUACCAGCCCGAGCACGGCCGCUCGUACUGCCUCUCCUGCCCCUUCUAUGGAACCACCACCGUGACCGGUGCCAACACCAUACAGCACUGCUCCAGUUUUGGCUCCAGUUUUCUUCCUAAAGAGGAGAGCGUGACUGCGGCUCCAGAGGUGGAGGUCAUCGAGGACUACCAGGCAAGCAGUCAGGUUUUCCACGAAUGCUUCCUGAAUCCCUGUCAGAAUAAGGGCACAUGUGAGGAGGUGGGGGCGGGAUACGUCUGCACCUGCAUGGCCGGCUUCACAGGUGCCAAGUGUGAGAUCGACAUAGAUGAGUGCGACUCGACUCCGUGCCAGAACGGAGGCCUGUGUAAAGACGGGAUGGGAGACUUCCAGUGUCAGUGCAAGCAGGGCUAUUUAGGCUUUCUGUGCGAGGCGGAGGUGAACGAGUGUCUCUCCUCUCCCUGUCUCAAUGAAGGAGUGUGUGUGGACGAGGUCAACAAGUUCACCUGCAGCUGUGCCAGCGGCUUCACAGGAUCUCGCUGUGAGCUGGAAAUAGACGAGUGCCUCUCCAGCCCCUGCAUGAACGAAGGUGUGUGUGAUGACCUGACGGGGGGAUACGCCUGUAACUGUGCGGUCGGUUUCUCGGGGGAUCGCUGCGAGAUCAACGUCGAUGAUUGUUACAGCGCCCCCUGUCUGAACGGAGGCUCGUGUCUGGAUGCUGUGAACAACUUCAGGUGUCAGUGUGUGGAGGGUUACCGUGGUUACCUGUGCGAGGUGGACGUGGACGAGUGCGACCCGAACCCCUGUGUGAACGGGGCCAGCUGCAUGGACGGCAUCGGCUCCUUCACGUGCCGCUGCCUCCCUGGGUUCAACGGAACCAGGUGUGAGACAGAAAUGUCCCCGGCCUUCAACCUGGACUUUGAGGUGUCUGGUAUCCACGGUUAUGUAAUGAUGGAUGGAGGGAUGCCCGCGCUGACAGAGAUCACCUGCACCUUCUGGAUGAGGUCCUCGGACACCACCAACUAUGGCACGCCUGUCUCCUACGCUGUGGAGGGCAGCGACAACGCUUUCCUUCUCAUAGACUACAACGGCUGGGUGCUGUAUGUGAACGGUAAGGAGCGGAUCACGGACUGUCCCGCAGUGAACACGGGUCAGUGGUACCACAUCGGGGUGUCCUGGAGGAGCUGGGACGGUGACUGGAGAAUCUACAUCAACGGGAAGCCCUCGGACGGAGGCAAAGGCCUGUCAGUCGGCACCACUAUCCCAGGCGGUGGGGCACUUGUGUUAGGUCAGGAUCAGGAUCAGAGAGGCGAGGGCUUCAACCCCGUUGAAUCCUUUGUCGGCUCACUCAGCCAGCUCAACAUCUGGGACCGUGUCCUCACACCUCAACAGAUAAAGGUCCUGUCCAGCAACUGUCCCGCCUCCCAUGUGUCGCACAGAGGGAACGUCUUCGCCUGGCCCGACUUCCUCAGCGGAGUGGUGGGCCGAGUCAAAGUAAACCUCAGCAGUGUGUUCUGUGCUGAUUGCCCCAAGCUGGAGAACGCAGUGCCCCACCUGCACGUCUCCACGGUGGAGGUGAGUCCUGGGGCCCAGGUGCAGCUGUCCUGUGAUCCCGGCUUCUACCUGCAGGGGGAGCCCGUGCUGCAGUGCCAGAACAAAGGAGAGUGGAGCCAUCCUCUGCCCAGAUGUGAACGAGUGUCCUGUGGGGCCCCUCGUCCCCUGGAGAAUGGCUUGUUACAGGGGACAGACUUCCAGGCCGGCAGCUCAGUGGUCUACCAGUGUAACGCUGGCUUCUACCUACUGGGAGACACCAAGGUGCACUGCAGCAACAGUGGCAAGUGGGGAGGAAACCCACCCGCCUGCCUCGAUGUGGAUGAGUGUGCUCUGGGAUCUGACUGUGAUGAACACGCUAGCUGUCAGAACACAGACGGCUCCUACACGUGCACCUGCCUCCGCCCGUACACUGGAGACGGCAAGAACUGCACAGCGCCAGUGAAAUGUAUGGACCCGGGGACUCCAGAUUUUGGUCACAGAGAAGGCAGCAACUUUCUGAUGGGCGGUGAGGUCGUCUAUGGCUGCGAGAACGGCUACGAGAUGAUCGGCUCGUCCCGCCUCCUCUGCCUGGAGACAGGAAGCUGGGACGAUGCUGUCCCGUACUGCAGAGCUCUGUCCUGCCCGCCGCCCUCCGUCCCAGAGAACUCCAUUAUGACGGGAAACAACUUCACCUAUGGAAGCAAGGUGACUUUCAGCUGCAACAAUGGCUUCCUGCCUCAGAUCCCCUAUGAGUUCCAGUGUCUCGUUAGUCUGAGGUGGAGCGGGACGCCGCCUGAGUGUCACCCGGUGUCCUGCGGAGGGCCUCAAAAUGUGGAAAACGCCGACUACACCCUCAACACCAACACAUACAAGUCCACUGUCACAUACACCUGUGCUGAGGGAUACAGAUCACAGGGCUCCAUGGAGGUGGUGUGUGAAGCGACAGGAGAGUGGAGCCGGCCCACCCCCCGCUGUGUGAACGUCCUGUGUGUGGAGCCCCCCACCCUGAAAGACGCUGUGACUGUAGGAGAGAACUUUGAGCUGGGAAACAAGGUGCACUAUGUCUGCAAAGAAGGCUACACUCUGAUUGGCCCGGAGACCAGAGAAUGCUUGGCGAGCGGGGAUUGGAGUGACAGCUCCGCCCAGUGCGUCCCCCGCUCCUGUGGCCCCCCGCCCGCCAUUGCCCACGCCGAGCCCUACGAGAGCCACCAGCUGUUCGGAGACACCGCCAACUACUACUGCACCGACGGGUACACCGCCGGCAACAACUCCAGGAUGGUGUGUAACGCUCAGGGUGUUUGGGCCCCCCCCGAUGGCAUGCAGGCCCCCCGCUGUAUCGCAAACUUCUGCCUGCGUCCGGCGGAUCUCCCCCACUCUAUUCUAGAUUCAGUCAAUAAACCCAAAUACGCCAGCAACACCGAGGUGAGCUACAAAUGUGAAGAGGGCUUCAUGCUCAACACCACGGCCACGCUGAGGUGUAUGAUGGGGGGGCAGUGGGAGCCCUCCCCGUUCGAUAUCGGUUGCGUCCCGGUGAGGUGCUCCAAGCCCGAGAGCAUCGACCGGGGCUAUGUGAUCGGGACCAACAACUUUGGAGCGGUGGUGGCGUACAGCUGCGACAAAGGCUUCAUGAUCCGAGGGGAGAAGAGGAGGACCUGCAAGGCCGAUGGAGAGUGGGGGGGGGCUCUGCCUUCCUGUGUACCUGUCACCUGCCCCCCCCAUCCUACACUUAAGAAUGGAUAUAUUCAGGUCAGAGGUCGAGUCACCUUCAACAGCAAGGUGACGUACGCCUGUAAUGCAGGAUUCAGACUGAUUGGUCGCCCAGAGAGAAUCUGCCAGGCAAACCGCCAGUGGUCCAACAACGACCUCCCCGCCUGUAUCCUCCUGACCUGUGACCCUCCCCCCAGCAUCGUUCACGGACAUUACCAGGGGUCCGAUUUCCAGGUGGGCCGGAAAGUGCAGUACGUGUGUGACGAGGGUUACGAGCUGGCCGGGGACGCCACAUGGACCUGUCUGAAGUACGGCAGGUGGGACAAGUCCAGGCGUCCUCGCUGCUCGCCGGUUCAGUGUCCCGAGCCGCCACUGGAGGAGAACCACCUGGUCCUGAAGGGCCUGGACCCUGAGUCAGGGACGGUGGAGUUGUCCUGCGAGGAUGGCUACGUCCUGGAGGGAGCCCGGAUCCUCCGCUGCACCCCGUCCCAGGAGUGGAAUGAGACGUUUCCCCUGUGUAAGCAGGUGUUCUGCGGUUCCCCGCCCGAAGUGUCGUUCGGUGGCCCUUCCUCCCCCUCCCCCCCGCUCCCUUUUGGUUCCGUGGUGAGCUACACCUGCAUGGACGGCUUCACUCUGAGGAAGGAAGGCUCAGUUUCCUGCCUAGCCAGUGGCCAGUGGAGCAGUCCUUACCCAGAGUGCAUCCCAGUGGAGUGCCCUCAGCCGCUGGAGAUUUCUAACGGCAUUGUUGACGUCCAGGGUCUGAUGUACCUCAGCAAGGCGCUGUACAGCUGCAAGACUGGGUACCAUCUGGCGGGGAACUCCACUGUCCUCUGCGGGGAGAAGGGGCUAUGGUUAGGAGGCGUGCCCUCCUGCCGCCCAAUCGAAUGCUCAGUCCCCAAACAGAUAGUCAACGGAAAGGUAGUCUAUACCAAGCUACAGUUUGGUCACAGUGCCAUGUACUCCUGUCGCCGUGGUUACCGCCUCCAAGGCCCGGAGACGGUGACGUGCCUGUCCAGUGGGGAGUGGGACAUCGAGCCCCCUGCUUGUGUGCAGAUAGCGUGCAACCCCCCCCAACCUAUUGAGAAUGGAUUCGUAGAGGGGCAGGAUCACAGUUUUGGCGUCACUAUUUUCUACAGCUGCUUCCCCGGCUUCCAGCUUGUGGGCCAGGACCACCUGACCUGUGAGGAGUCUGGCUGGUCGUCCUCUGUCCCGCUCUGCGUGCCCUCCGACUGCGGCCUGCCUCCUCACAUUGACUUUGGGCAGUAUAUCAGGGUGUCAGGACCCUCUGAUGCUUCUUCUAGAGACACAUCAGCCUCACCCAUGGACCUGAGCUUCCUCCACGGGACGUUUAUCGAGUACCUUUGCCACAAAGGAUAUGACCUAACAACCCCCACCAGGCUGGUGUGUCUGGAGGACGGAGGUUGGAACGGCACGGCUCCUUCCUGUACCCCGGCAGAGUGCGAGAAACCACAGAGUCCGGAGCACGGUUGGGUGAAUGUGACCGACUCGUCCUUCGGCAGCAUGGUCAGGUACAGCUGUGAGGAAGGGUAUGAGCUGGAGGGGGAGGCUGUGAGGCAGUGUGUGUCUGCUCGGCUGUGGACUCAUGACGCCCCGGUUUGUCGGCCGGUCUCCUGCGGUGACCCCGGAGCUAUUGCCAGUGGCUCAGCGCAGGGAGCUUUUGUGUAUCCCGAAGUCUUAAAGUACGAGUGCAGUGCUGGGUUCGUUCUAAAGGGUAUUGACACGAUGGCCUGUGGGUCGGAUGGGAGGUGGAAGGGAGAGAAGCCUCGCUGUGAGCCAGUGUCCUGUGGUCCUCCUACAGUCCCCAGAGAUAUUACCUUCAGAGGAGAGCAGUACAGCUAUAACCAAGAGAUAGAGCUGAGCUGUCGGCCCGGGUUCAUCCUGAAAGGUAAAUCAGUCAGUGUCUGUCAAGCUGACGGCUCCUGGAGCCACGAGUCCCCGACCUGUGUACCCGCCCGCUGCAGCAAACCCUCACCAAUCCCCAACGGGCGGGUGCUGGGCUCAGAUUACGGCGUAGACAGCAAGGUAACUUAUGAAUGCGAUGAGGGAUACACACUUAACGGAGAUCCGGCACACAUUUGUCAGUCAGAUGGACUCUGGGACAAACCCCCCCCUCGCUGCGACGUCAUCAGCUGUGAUCCACCAGAGGACAUCAGCCACGGCUUCCUGAACGGCUCCAGCUUCCACUACGACGACGUGGUGGAGUACGUCUGCUUCGAUGGCUACGAGGUGUCCGGGGACCCCAUCCUGCGGUGCUCCGCUCGGGGGUCCUGGGUGGGCAAGGUGCCCCAGUGUCGGCCCUGCGUCUGUGCCCCCCCCACAUUGAAAUCCGGGGUGGUUCAGGGUCAGGACCGUGCCUGCGGAGACCGAGUGCUCUUUCAGUGCGACGAAGGCUACAAGCUGCUGGGUCCCCCUCUGGCGGUGUGUGAGAAGGGGGGGGUGUGGAGCCCCGGCGUGCCUGUGUGUGGCCGGGGGAGGUGCAAUGUUGCCCCGCCGACAGUGCCCAACGCUGUACUGCAGGGCGGCAGCAACACCUUCACAGACACUGUCAUAUACCGGUGUCGCCCCGGCUACCAGCCGAAGGGCUUUCCACACCUCUCCUGUGGAAGGGACGGCAGGUGGGGGCAACCCAGAAUCAGCUGUGAGCCGAUGAGCUGCGGAACACCUCCAGCUGUAGCCCACGCUCAGGUGGAGGGAGGCGCCUUCACCUUCCCAAACCAGGUCACAUACAGCUGUGAGGACGGCUUCACGUUGUCCUCGCAGACCGCUUCGCUGUCCUGCCAGAGCGACGGCACCUGGUCCAAACACAGCGUCCGGUGCAGCCCCGCCCCCUGCCCGCUGCCCGCCAACUUCUCCAUCCCCCAUCUGAUAAUCACUGGGAAGGAGCUCACUCCGGUGGGGGGCACCAUCGCCCUCUCCUGCCCUGCUGGGCUCCACUUGCAGGGGGCAGCAUCAGCUGAGUGUCUGCUGGGUGGAAGCUGGGCUCCGAGCAUCUCCUCAGUGUCCUGCGAGCUGGUGUUUUGUGAGAAACCCCCCCCUCUUCUCCAGGGCAUCACAGAGGGGGACAGCUACAACUACGGAGACUUCGUCAUGUACUCGUGCCUGCCUGGCUUUGACAUGAAGGGAGACUCGAUCCGGACCUGCCAGGGAGACAGAACAUGGAGUGGCACCCAGCCAGUGUGUGUUGCACAGUCCUGUGGGCCCCCCCCCACAGUACAACAUGCUCAGGUCCAGACGACAGGCGACACUCACCUGCACAAUGCCAGCUAUGUGUGUGGAGCCGGCCUGCAGCUGGUCGGCCAAAAGGCUCUCACCUGUCUGGCCAACGGCACGUGGAGCCUGCCGUCGCCCACAUGUGAAGUGGCCAACGGCUGCGACAGCCCGAGGGAGGUGCUGCACGGCAAAGUGCUGGAGCACAGCCUGAACUCAGGGCGCGCUGUGGAGGUCCUGUGUGAUCAGGGCUACAGUCUGGUGGGAGACUCUCUGGUGGUGUGUAUGGGGGGCAACGCCUGGAGCACCACGUUCCCCACCUGCCAACCCAAGUCUUGCCCGGUUCCUCCAGGCUGGAGGGGGGACAGCAGGGACGGGGCCCCGCAGGAGUUUCACGUGGGACAGUCGGUGCGCGUCCCCUGUCCCAAAGGUCAGCAGGUCAGAGGCAGCGGCACCGUCACCUGCAGGCCGGACCAGACCUGGAGCCCCAUCAGCGCCGUGUGUGAGAGGGUGUCCUGUGGCCCCCCACUCCACGUGGCCCAUGGGGUGGUGCGGGGGGCGGUGUUCCAGUUCGGGGACGUGGCAGUGUACUCGUGUUUUGGUGGCUACGCCAUGGAGGGCGUCGGGAGGAGCAGGUGUCUGGAGAACGGCACCUGGACGCCGCCUCCCACAUGCAGAGCGGUGUGUUGGUUGCACUGCCAGAACGGAGGUGUGUGUCAGCGGCCAAACACCUGCUCCUGCCCCGAGGGCUGGAUGGGCCGCCUCUGUGAGGAGCCUAUCUGCAUCCUGCCGUGCCUGAAUGGUGGCCGCUGCGUGGCCCCCUACCAGUGCGAGUGUCCCUCUGGGUGGACGGGCACACGCUGUCACAGUGCUGUGUGUUCAUCGCCUUGUCUGAAUGGCGGCAGGUGCAUCAGGCCCAACAGAUGUCACUGCAGUCCAGGGUGGAGCGGGCACGACUGCUCCAGGAAAAGGAAAUCAGGAUACUAUCACAUGUGAAUCGUCCAAUGAAGGGAGUCCUUGUAAAGUAAACCGAGUCACAUUCAUUCUCAUCUCUCUGCAAAGGCGAAGCAAGAACCAUUUUGUAAAAUAAAGCUGUAUUUUUUCAUAUAGAGACUCAACAGUAUUAAACAUAUGCUGCUAUAUACUUGUACGAUGUGUAAAAACUAUUGAUGUGAUUGUCCAAUGUAUGUGUAAACUAUUCUCACAUUUUUAUUAAAGCUUAAAAUACCAUCA